UAAGCCAAGGUCCUCAUAUAUAUAUGGAUCCGCCGAUUUUGGCAACUUCUUCGCUGUUCAUUUGGAAAACGUAAGCAGACCACAGAUUUAGGGUUUAUCCACCUUAUCCUUCGCCGAGAUCCAACAAUGGCUGAUGUCGAACCAGAGGUUGCAGCAGCAGGAGUUCCAAAGAAGAGGACGUUCAAGAAAUUCGCCUUCAGAGGAGUCGAUCUCGAUGCUCUUCUCGACAUGUCUACUGAUGAUCUUGUCAAGCUCUUCUCUUCCCGUAUUCGUAGAAGGUUCUCUAGAGGAUUGACGAGAAAGCCUAUGGCUUUGAUUAAGAAACUCCGCAAGGCGAAAAGAGAGGCACCAGCUGGUGAGAAGCCAGAACCAGUGAGAACCCACUUGAGGAACAUGAUCAUUGUGCCUGAAAUGAUUGGAAGCAUCAUCGGUGUGUACAAUGGAAAGACUUUCAACCAAGUCGAGAUCAAGCCUGAGAUGAUUGGACAUUACCUUGCUGAGUUCUCCAUCUCGUACAAGCCAGUUAAGCACGGUAGGCCUGGUGUUGGUGCUACUCACUCCUCCAGGUUCAUCCCUCUCAAGUGAAGACCUUACAGAGUCUUUGUUGUGCUCUUGUUUUCUUAGCUCUCAUUAUGCAACUAUAGGGUCCUUAUAUGUCUGUUUUUGGACCAUUUUGUCUGUCUGUACUCCUCUUGCUACUCUGCUGCAAUUCUCUCUUCUUUAGUUGUGUCUAAACUCUUGUUCCAUUCGUUUAAAGAAGACUCAAAACAUUUUGGAAAAUCUUCCAUCA